AUGCAGAAGCUCCGUCGGCAAGAAUUGCUCUUGAACGAGCUCUUGGUCAAGCGCCCGGGGGGCCUGAGUCUGAGCACGUCGUCCACGCCAAAGCGCACCACACCCCAUGCCGAUUCUGCCGAGUCUCCGACGAGUUCCCGAAGCUCUCGGCUCCACAGGCCACGACGCCCGAGCGGCGGCUCCUUCACUCCGACACUUUUCGUGAGCUACACUGAGCAAGACAUGGAAGUCAAAGCCGGGGCAUCAGAAGUCCAUGGCACGACGAUCCGACGAAGGUUUGCCUCCAUGCGGGCAGAGAACCCGGCAGACACUGGAACCGCGGACAGUAUCUUGAGCCGUUCAUGCCGCGGUGUUUACAGGACCAUCGCAGCCAUUGUGCACAGCACCUACUUUGAUGCCUUCUUCACUUUGGUGGUGGUCGCGAACACGGCGUUUAUCGGUUUCGACGUGCAGUACACGAUCUGGAACGACGGGGUUCAACCUGCUUUUUUCUACACGGGAAACUACGUAUUCUCAGCCAUCUUUGCCGUUGAGCUCUUCUUGCGGCUAUAUGUGGAGCGAUGGGCUCUUUAUUGUGGAGAGGACUGGAUGUGGGGUUGGCUUGACACCUUUAUCGUUUUCACAGCAGUCUGGGAUAUCGUCGUCGAUGUCUGGAUGGCUUCCCAGGAAGGUGCCGAGUCAGUGGCGGACAUGUCCGGGCUCAGAGCAUUCCGAAUCAUUCGCAUCACACGUAUUGUCAAGGCGGUGCGAUUGAUGCGAAUAUUCCGGUUUGUGAUGGCUCUGCGGAUGCUGGUCUCAAGUAUUGUGAAUACCCUCAAAUCAUUGUUCUGGGCACUGGUGCUGUUGAUUCUCAUCGUUUAUGUCUUCGGCGUCAUCUUCUCUCAAGCAGUGAAUGAUUUUCUCCAGGACCAGGAGCCCGGCGCACCAAGUGUGACAGAGCAGGGCAGGGAAGUGUUGCAGGCUCGCUUUGGAACAGUUCUGGACGCAAUGUUGUCCUUGUUCAUGAGUAUCACCGACGGCAUCAGCUAUGUUGAGCUGUUGACGCCGCUUUCGACAUUGUCGGGCUUGUGGAUCUUCGUCUUCCUUUUCUACAUGAGUUUCACGUACUUCGCGGUAUUGAACGUCGUCACAGGAGUCUUCUGCCACUCUGCGAUUGAAUCUGCGCAGAACGACCAUGCAGCCGUUGUGCAGAGCAUUCUUGAGAACAAGGAAACUCAUAUGAGAAAGCUUCGCCAGCUUUUCAGCAAGUUCAAUGCGGAUACCGGUAGCGACGAGCUUGAGGCCAUCAUCACAUUUCCUAUGUUUGAGGAGAAGAUUAACACGCCGGCGGUGCGAGAAUACUUCGAGAGUCUGAACUUGGACGUUUGGGAUGCAUGGUCAUUCUUCAAACUCCUGGACCUGGACCAGGGUGGUGCGGUUUCUGUGGAUGAGUUCUUGAUGGGGUGCCUGCGAUUCCGGGGAGCUGCUCGUGCUAUGGAUGUCGGCAAGCUGCUCCACGACCAGAAUUGGCUUAUCAAGGCGCAGAGCCGUUUCCAAGGGCAUGCGGAGGUGGAGUUUCAAGAACUGAAGAUGCAGAUGAACUUGCUGAUCGAUGCCCUGCAGGGAGAGGGCGCCGAGCAUGUUCGUCGCCCGUCAACGGGUUCUGUACGCUCCAACGUCAGUGUCACGUCUUUGCAAAUUCCCACUUAG